ACCGUCACCGCAGCCAGAAGUCAGACGCAGCCGGACGUUCGUAGAAGAGGCACGAUGCUCACGAAGAUUGUCUUUCUCGCUGCGAUGCUCGUCGUAGUCACCUGCGAAGAUGACGACGACACGCUGCUUGCCAAAGCUCACAACCAGUUCGCCGUGAAUCUGCUGAAGCACCUUGCGAAUCGGGAUCCCCCAACCAAUGUCUUCUUCUCUCCGACUAGCAUCGCCGCUGCCUUUGGCAUGGCCUACGCUGGUGCCCGGGGAAGCUCAGAGGACGAGCUGGGGUCUGUGCUCGGUCACACCGCGGUUGGCCUCACAGACCGAGCAAGAGUGCUCUCUGCCUACAAGAACCUGCUGCAGCUCGCGACCUCGCCCAAUGUGACGCUGGAUGUGGCCAACAUGGUCCUCGCGCAGAAGGGCCUCCCUGUAACCGACCACUACAAGCAGCAGCUGCGCGAGGUCUUCGACGCGGAGCUCCGGUCAGCCGACUUCGCCAACGAAGGUCCCAGGGUCGCGGCUGAAGUCAACGCCUGGGUGCGCGACAAGACCAGGGGCAAGAUUAGCGGCAUAUUGCCGGUAGAACAACCGCUGAACAUCAUCAUGUUCAUCCUGAACGCCGUCUUCUUCAAGGGUACCUGGGUGACCAAGUUCGACGUCGCCGACACCGUGAACAAGCCCUUCUUCAACCUCGGAACUACUGAGGUGAGCAAACCGGCGAUGCACCUCAGCACACGUUUGUCGCACACCCGUAUCGACGCCUUGCGCGCGUCCGCUGUGGAGAUACCGUACCAGGGGGGCAAGUUCAGCAUGGUGGUCAUGCUCCCGGACACCCCUACUGGUCUUCAGGAACUCAGGGAUGGCCUGUCGGUCGCCACUCUCGAAGAACUCGGCAGCAAUUUGUACAGAAAGGACGUCGUACUCAGGCUGCCCAAGUUCGAGAUGAGUCUCGCCUACAACUUGGUGCCCGCGAUGCAGGCGCUCGGGCUGAACACCGUGUUUGAACGCUCGGCUAACUUCAGCGGCAUCACCGAGGGUCCGCCCGUCUACAUAUCGGACGCCGUGCACAAAGCAGCUGUCGAGGUCAACGAGGAGGGAACCAUCGCGGCCGCCGUUACAGGACUGCAGUCCGUCAGGCCUGCCCCGGCUGCCCCACUUCUGCCGAUUUUGUUCACCGUUGAUCGCCCUUUCCUGUACUACAUCAGGGACAAGAACACCGACCGCAUCCUCUUUAUCGGUGAAGUCCACGGCCUUUGACGUGGGCAAUUUUUUUUUGCGUUGGUUGGUUAAGGAAGAGUUUUGAAGGACUGCAAAGUGUCUACUCGUAUCCGGAAACCCAUAGUCAAAUACCUGUGCUUCAUUUUCUUUUUUCUUUGAACGCCUAUGUGCCGCUCCAAAUAACGUUACUAGACAAUUACGAUGCACAGACCGUAAAGCGGUCGCGUCAAGGCUCUGUUUUACUUCUGGUUGGCUGUGAAUUGGCGUUGGUGUGGGACGGAAGAAAAGUUGUUUGUCAUACCAGUCGCAGCGUGCUCGGCACCGCCUGUUGUACAUUGCGCAUUUCAAUAUUCCGUGAGGUCACCAAGAACAUUCCAUUAACUAGUCAUCGGCUGACCUCUAGCUCCAUCUUUAUUUCUUUCCCCUUUUUUUUUCGUCGACGAAAACAAACGACUGCACGGGUAUGUACUGAUGUCUUAUCACAGCACUGCGACAACAGAACGCAGCCGUGUCUCCAGUAGACAAAAAGCGUCUGCAAGUGCCGAACCAUUUCCAGCGUGUGUUCUAUUUCUCAUUCUGUAAAAGUGCGCGGUGUUUCGGGUGCCUAAUUCGUACUGAAUAAAAAAAACGUUGACUGGACGGUUGGCAGGGUGGUUCCCGAGCAUAAGUUCAGUGACGUUCUCAAUUCUUUCAA